UGCGACAAGGCGAACAAUCCGUGUUUCAACAACGGAACAUGUCUGCCAAACGAUAAGAACAAAAUUUGCAACUGUCUGAAAGAUUUCGAAGGAACUAGGUGUCAAUUUGUUUCAUGUGCAAAAGAGAAUCCAUGUGCAAAUAAUGGAACUUGUGUGAUUAAAGAUGACAAAAAGGAAUGUGUCUGUAAGGCCAACUUUGUGGGAAAAUACUGCAACAUAACGUCAUGUGCCUCUGCCAAUCCGUGUAGAAAUAAUGGAACCUGCAACACAAAUGAUUUCAACAAGUAUUGCACCUGUCAACCUGGCUUUACUGGACAAUUUUGUGAAAAUGACAUAAGGAAUCCAUGCACGAAACAACCCUGCAAAAAUGAUGCUAUAUGCAUACCAGCACCACCUAUCAACAACACUUUCACAGGGGUAUACAAAUGCAAAUGCCAGUUUGGAUACACUGGAAAACAUUGUGAAACAUACAAUGUUUGCAAGAACAAACCAUGUCGCAAUGGAGGGGUGUGCAACAUGAACCAGCCCAACAUAUGCACUUGUUUACCUGGCUAUUCUGGAAUGUUCUGUACAUCUUGUAGGGCAGUCAUAUGCCAAAACGGUGGAAAGUGUAAUGAUAAUAAGCAGAACAUCUGCGACUGCUUGCCUGGAUACACGGGCACUUACUGUGAACUCAGUAAGUUUUGUUUAGGGGUACUUAAAUUUAACUUUAAUCCUUAUUUAAUUCAUGUUCAUUCCUCGAUUAAUAAUAAUAAUAAUAAUAGGUGA